AUGUUAAAACGCUUUUUAGGAUUCUCGGAACCAAAUAUAUCUGGAUUCGAGUUACUCUACAAAUUAAUUGGUUUUACAAAUAAGAAACUCAAGACAGUUGAAUUCGCCAUUUUGAAUCCACCACCUCCAUAUUUGCGUGGAUGGAAUCAGGUUUUGUGCGAAUUCAGUUUUCAGCCGACCGAAUUGGCCAAUAAUGAUUUUAUGUGGAUUGACGAUAAAUUGCAUCAAAAUACUUCCGGACUCCGCCUUUGA